AGCCUAUCCCGUAGUUAAAAUACACUGAUCCUGUAGAAAUACAUAUACCCCUCGCUGCCGCAACAAUUUUUGGAUCCACUUCCCUCCCCACGUGUUUUUUGAUUGUUCCUCCCCAUGUUCCUCGCGUUCCCGUGAGGCCGUGACGCCCCCCUCGGCCUCGCCUCGCCAUCGCUCGCGGCAUCGCCGCCUGCCCCCUUUCCCCCACGCGAAUAAAGCGCCGGAAGCGCGCCCCCCAAGCAAAGUCCUCCGGCGCUCAGGAUCGGGAGCCACCCCCUAGGGUUAGGGCUCCGUUUUGCCUCGUUCCGGCGUCGACCGAUGCGCGGCGCAUGGCGACGGUGAACUGCCUCUACGUCGCGGCCGCCUCCACGGCGGUAAGCACCGCUGCUCUGCAGUGGUGGGCGUCCUCGCUCCUCGACGGCGACGCUGGGGCCGGCGGGGAUGGAGACUGGCUUGGAGCCGUGCUGCGGUCAAGGGUCACCGUCGCGCUCCUGGCGAAUCUGGCGGCCCACGUGUUCGUCGUUGUCAUCCUCGCGCUCAAGACUAUAUUUUUUGUUCAGCUAACUUCUGUAGAGACCAGAAAAGUGUUGGAGCACAUCAUUAACUAUGUACUUCACAAGGGAACUUUUCUCCCGCUGGCUGUGCCUCCAACUUCUCAGCAAAUUAUCCUUUGGUCAACUUGGUUGGUCAUUCUUUGUUCACUGAAGAUGUUUCAAUCAUUGGCCAGAGAACGUCUAGAGCAGCUCAAUGCUUCUCCCUCAGCGACUCCUUCAAAAUAUUUUCGUGUGUACUCUGCAUUGCUUCUGGUUUUAUCAGCUGAUCUACUUUGGAUGUGGCUCAGUGUAGGGUUCUGCAGAUCCUGUAAUUCCAAGUUGUUUUGGCUCCUGUUCUUUGAGCCACUUAGUAUUGCCUUUGAUACGCUGCAGUCUAUCAUGGUGCAUGGGUUUCAGUUAUUUGACAUCUGGCAACGACAUCUAAUGGAAAGUGGUGCGGACUUUCUUGAUUUCCAGAAAUCUUAUAAGCAAGCAGCAGGAUCUUUUUCUGAAUGGAGGGGCAAGCUUACUAGGGACUUUGGUUUUGCUAUUGAUUUGAUAAGCAUGUUGAUGUCAUUUGGUCAUUACUCGAUGAUCUUUUGGCUUCGUGGUAUGGCGUUUCAUCUGGUUGAUGCAGUUCUCUUAUGGAACUUGCGUGCUCUUAUAGUUUCCUUUUUGAAGAGGAUUAAAACUUACAUCAAAUUACGGAAGGCACUUAGUUCACUCGACGGAGCACUUCCAGAUGCUACUUAUGAUGAAAUUUGUGCAUAUGAUGAUGAGUGUGCCAUCUGCAGGGGACCGAUGGGUCGAGCUAAAAAGUUGUCCUGCAACCAUCUAUUUCAUCUAGCUUGUUUACGAUCAUGGUUGGAUCAAGGAUUAAUGGAAGGUUACUCCUGCCCAACUUGUCGGAGACCGCUCGUAUUGUCAUCUGAAGGGCAAACAAGGUCUCCGAUUGUGGAGGCAGCAAAUGUUCAGCGAAUCGCAGAACAGCUUACUAUGGGGAUGAAUCAGCAGAGAGUUUCUGGUAAUGAACAUCCUGUUGAACAGCAGAACCCUUCAGAUGCUGUUUGGAGGGGUGCUGGUCUGGAUGCUAGCUGGAUUCCACCGUGGUCAAGCCCUGUGAUAGAUAAUCCCAGUUCCUCUAGUGCAGUGAGGUCAGUAGGUCUUUCUGGAGUUCAGAUGAUGAUGAGGCAGUUGGCUUCUGUGACCGACAGUUAUGGGCAUGCUGAUGGUACCUGGAACCUAUGGCCCGAGCCCAUGGCAGGGUCCUCUCUUGUUCCAUCCACUUCCUCGAUGGUGCCUGGUAGUGCAUCUGCUUCCGGAUUGCGGCUCCGUGGUAGUGCAGGCACAGGCAAUGGAAGUCUUUCAGAGGUACUCACUAUGGUAGAUAGGGUGCGGGAAGUUCUACCUCAUAUUCCUGACGAGCUAAUUAUAGAGGAUUUGAUGAGGACAAACAACAUAAACGCGACUGUGAAUAAUCUUCUGCUGAUGCAAUAGUAGAUACGUCAAUACAACAUAUAAGUAUGACGUUUACUGGCUGUAAAAGCUUAUAAGAAAAGUAUGUGUAUAGUUAAAGGCGAGCCUGGGUGUAACAACACUCUUCGAUCCUGUAAUAAAAUCCUUUUCUCUCUCUUUAUUUUUGUCCGCAGGGAUUUGUUUGUAUAGUAACCAUAGCUGUAUAAUUAUCAUACUCGGUAUGCUAUAGGUUAGUGUAUUUAGAAAAGAUCGGAAUAAAAUUUGUUUUGGGACUAAAUAUCAUGCGUCUGGAAAGCACUUGUCGACGGUA